GUUAGAACUUAGAAGGCCGGUUUGAAUUUAAAAAGAAGAAGGCGUAGCUAGCUAGGUUUCCUAAGCUAUAUAGUGCGCGCCGGAGCUAGCUGGCCAUGGCCGUUAGAUCAUCAACCAUUUUGUUUUGGCUUUUUGCGUUAAGCGUUGCAUUUUGUGCCGUCACACUUUCUGUCUACUUCGACGGCCUGUUUUACACCGCCGCCACCAGUAGCAGUGCUCCUCUCGCCGCAACAAAGAAUCCCUUUUCUGUUGGUUUCAGUUUUCUCCUCAAAAAGAUUGGCUUUGGAGAUUUGCUCUAUGCGGUGGACGUGGACCAAACUACAAGCUCUAAACACCACCACAGGCGGCGGCGGAAGGCCAAGUGCGACGACUUAACAUGGGACUCUGCUGGCCUCGUUUCCAUGUAUGGCGUUUCGCGGGUUAUCACUGUGGAUUCAAAGGGUUGUGGAAAUUUCAGCACUAUAAAGAUGGCCAUUCAUGCAGUUCCUGAUCUCAGUCCUGCCAUAACACUCAUCAUAAUCAAUUCCGGCACCUACAGGCCUGUCAUCCUUCUGAAACACCUAGCUAUAUAUUACUGUUUGUCUCAAAUUGUUGUGGAAAGCCAACAUCAUCCAUGCAUCAAUAAUAAAGGAAAAAGUGAUGGUCGGGAGAAAAAAGCAAAAUGUGAUAAUACAAGGAAAAGGUUACCACAACACUGCCAUAUCAUGGAACGACACUGCAAAUUCAACCGGAGGCACCACUAAUAGCUACACAUUUGCUGUAUUAGCUCCCAAUUUCAUAGCCUACAAUAUCACCUUUCAGAACACAGCUCGAGCGCCACCAUCGAGCGAAUCUGGAGGCCAGGCCGUGGCCCUAAGCAUUCUGGGAGAUGAAUCUGCAUUUUAUGGAUGUGGGUUUUAUGGAGCCCAGGACACCCUUAAUGAUGAAAAAGGAAGACAUUAUUUCAAAGAUUGCUUCAUUCAGGGUUCUAUCGACUUCAUCUUUGGGAACGCCCGAUCAUUCUACCAGGAUUGCACAAUACAUAGCAUAGCAGAAGAAGCGGGCGGAGAGGUAAGUGGAUCAAUCACUGCACACAGGAGGGGCUCGGAGGGAGAGGAAACCGGGUUCUCAUUCGUGAAUUGUAACAUUGGUGGGAGCGGAAGAGUGUGGCUGGGGCGAGCAUGGGGGCCUUAUGCAAAAGUCGUCUUCUCUUUCACAUACAUGUCCAAUGUAGUUUCCCCCGAUGGCUGGAACGACUGGAACAACUCAACUAGAGACAAGUUAGUUUGAAGUCGCGCCCCCAUUUCAAAAUAUUUCUAGCUGAGCUACUAAUCAUUUGAUUACAUACUCAUUCCUCCAGCGCCACAAAGACUUCCACCUAUGGUCAUAUGAUUACAUAUUGCUUUGUAUUAUUUUCGAGUAUACCAAGUAGUAUAUAUUAGUACUAAGAAUUUAAUAUCAAAGUAGUUAAUGAGCAUAUCUAAUGUGUGUAUUAUCAUCAAUAUAUAACUAACGUUUGGCUAUGAAUGCAUGGAUUUGUGCCUAGGACGAUUUACUUCGGGGAAUAUGAUUGCACUGGACCGGGAGCUAGCUUCACAUAUAGGGCAUCAUAUGCAACUCAACUGGAUAAAUCUGAGGCUGCUCCGUACUUGACUACCUCGUAUAUUGAUGGUGAUGACUGGCUAUUUACCUCACCCGAUCCUCCAUCACAUCUCAACCAAAUCCAUGCACACGAAAAUAGUGACCUUGUAAUCGAUGUUUAGUGAAAAUGAUCUAUAUUUGUUGAAUGUACUUAAUUGAGGGGAAAUAUACUUCAACCCUUUAAGUUUAAUUAAUGUUGUCAUUGUCGUCAUUAGAGUAUGUACGUGUUUAAUGUAGGUUCAAGUUGAUAUUCUUGAGAAAU